AUGCAUUCCCUUUCCAUCCUCCUCAUACUCUGCGCCCCCUUCGUCGCAUCACAAGCUCAAAACCCUCUAUUCCCAUCUCACACCUUCACCAUCCGCGCGCCCGAACCCUGCGACCAAGCCUGUCAAGAAAUCAUCUGCACCCAACCAGAUUCCUGCACUCCCUGCGGUAGCGGACAAUGCACAUACGGUGAAGAAUGCGGUACCUGGGCCGGAAGACCAAACACCUGUUGCAUCCAACCCUACAACUUCUCACCUUCGUCUUCAAAACUAAAGUGUUCGGACGUAUCUUCCUUCCUCUCCUCGCUGGAUCCCAAAACCCCACCUAGUGGUUCUAGUACGCCUAAGGUUUACUCUGCGGAGACUUGUCCGAGCGGGGAGGUUAUUGCUGCAUAUGCUGUUUUUGGAGAGGAAGAGGGAAAUUUGACAUGUUGUGAGAGGGGAAAGGAUGCGGUUGUGAUUGAGAGUACGACCUUGAGUGUGCCUGAGGCAGUGGUCUGUGUUAAUGAACUCAUGGCUGGAGCGUCGUCUGGGAAUAAAAAUACCGGUGGGAAUGGUGGCAUGAACGGUAGUGGGAGGCUGGAACUUGGUGGCUGGCUUGUGGCUGUGGGUGUGUUUACUGGUAUAUAUUUCGGUGCUUGA